GUGUUCAUCGCAUCCGAAAAAAUAAUUAAUUUAAGCAUUAAAAUCCGUGUUAUUAUCGUUGAAAAUUGCGUUAAAUUGUCGAGAUGAAUGCGAGUGCUCAGAAUAGUAAGCAGCUGAAGGCGGGAAAUGCCAAUCAAAACAUCCAAGUUUAUGUUCGUCUACGCCCAAUGAAUUCUCGGGAGCGGGGCAUCCGAUCGCAAGAAGUUGUCGAAGUCCCGAAUCACAAGGAAGUCAUUGCCCGAGUGUUGCUUGAUGCGAAAACGCAGAAAAAAUUCUCUUUUGAUCGCGCUUUUGGACCUGACAGCAAACAGCAUGAAGUUUAUGCCACAGUAGUUGCUCCUUUGAUCGAUGAAGUCCUUUCGGGAUACAAUUGUACAGUUUUUGCAUAUGGACAAACGGGAACGGGCAAAACUCACACGAUGGUUGGCGAAGAAUCGCCCGAAUUGAGUCUCUCAUGGGAAGAUGACAGCGUCAUUGGAAUCAUCCCGCGUGCCUUAAGUCAUCUAUUUGACGAACUCCGAAUGACAGAAUGUGAGUUCUCGAUGCGUGUCUCGUACUUGGAACUCUAUAACGAAGAACUUUGUGACUUGCUCUCUACGGAUGACACUGUAAAAAUCCGAAUUUUUGAUGAUAGCACGAAAAAAGGAUCCGUUAUCGUGCAAGGUUUGGAAGAAAUUCCCGUGCACAGCAAAGAUGAUGUCUACAAAUUACUUGCAAAAGGUCAAGAACGUCGUCGAACCGCAUCAACGUUGAUGAAUGCGCAAUCUUCUCGUUCUCACACUGUCUUUUCCAUUCUCGUGCAUAUCAAGGAAGUCGACAUAAACGGCGAAGAAAUGUUGAAAAUUGGAAAAUUGAAUCUUGUUGAUUUAGCUGGAAGUGAAAAUAUCUCCAAAGCAGGCAAUGAACGAGGAAUUCGAGUACGUGAAACAGUUAACAUCAAUCAAAGUCUCUUAACGUUGGGCAGAGUUAUUACAGCGCUUGUCGAACGUACGCCCCAUAUUCCGUAUCGCGAGUCGAAAUUGACGCGACUUUUGCAAGAAUCGUUGGGAGGACGAACAAAAACUUCCAUUAUCGCGACAAUUUCUCCCGGGCACAAAGAUUUGGAAGAAACGUUGAGUACUUUGGAUUACGCUCAUAGGGCAAAGAAUAUUCAAAAUAAGCCGGAAAUCAAUCAACGAUUGACGAAAAAGGCAGUUUUGAAGGAAUACACGGAAGAAAUUGACAAAUUGAAGCGCGAUUUGAUGGCAGCUCGUGACAAAAAUGGAAUUUUCCUUGCGCAAGAAUCUUACGACGACAUGAUGUACAAGAUUGAGACGUCAAACAAGGAGCUAAAUGACAAACAUUUGAUGAUAAAAGCACUCAAAGACGAGUUGGCGAGCAAAACGAAGCUUUUUAAUGAAGUCAGUUAUAAUUUGAUUGAACGUACAAAGGAGCUUCAGAACACGGAAGUUAAAUUAGCGAACACUGAAACGGAUUUGCAUCACACGAAAAAGACUUUGUCAAAGACAAAACGUCGUUAUAACGAGAAAAAAGUAAUUUUAUCGCAGCAUAUGAAGACGGAAGAGACGUUGACGCAACAAGCACGCGAUUUAAUUGAAACGUGUGAACUCGCAAGUGCCGAUACCGAAGGCUUACACGACACAAUUGAACGUCGCAAGCAAGUUGAAAGCGAAAUUACGAGUUCUUGUGACAAAUUUACGCAAAAAUUACAGGAAAAUUUGUCAACCAUGAACGCAUCACUCGCUGAUUUCAGCGAAAAAUACUGCAAACAAUCAAAAUUCAUCCAAUCGGAGAUAGAUACGGCAUCGAAAACGCACGGAAGUUUGAGCAAAGAUUUGGGACAACAACUAGAAGCGAUAAACAAAGCAAUUUCCGAUGGAUUUUCCGAUCGACAAACCCUGUUAACGUUCAACCUGAAACAAAUCGAUGACAAAACGACAUUCAACAAGAAGGAAAUUCUCGCUCUCGUUCACGAGAUUCAAGAAAAGCACGAAAAACAUCUACAUGAAGUGACUUCUCUUACGCAAAAGUGCUCGCAAAACUUUGAAAAGCAACAAAAAGCAUGGGAAGCAAAGCAAAAUGACUUUUUAAAGGUCAUCCAUGAGAAAGACGUACUUGUGAACAAUUUCACAGAAUCCUUAAAAUCCGCCAUGACAACUUUCAUGCGUGAAUCCCGCGAAAAAUUCGAUGCCGAAUACAAAAAGACCACAGAAGUCGUUGCCAAGCAAGAAAAGGAACUCGAAACACUCCAAUCAACCUUCGGACAAUUCGUUGCCACGAUGAACACGAUGCUCAGUCAAGCAAAAACGAAUGUUGCUGAUUUCAAAACGGGCGCAGCUCACUUAGAGGAGAACAGAAAACUCGUUGACGCGAAAAUGCAAAGUUGGACAAACGAUUUGACAUCUCAUGGCACUGCAUAUCAAACGUUUAUCGCAAAAGAGACGAAAUUCAACGAAGAAUUGUCGCAACAAGCUACUGAGGUGCACGAAACAAACAAAAAUUCGCUUGAUAAGAUGCAAAAUUGCACCGCUGAACACGUAUCUGAUGCAAAAUGUUCCUUAACGACGCUCGACAAGAAAGUUUCGACUGCCUUUGAAGACAUUUCUGCGUUAUGGCAUUCGCAAACGCGUGAAAUCACGGAACUGGAUACGAAAGUCUCGAAGAAUACGGAUGAAAAACUGACUUCAUCGAAGGAUUUGGUGCAAAAAUGUAACAAUUGCGUGACAGCAGUAACGGCAAAUUCAGCUAGUUUGAUGAAUUGCCUGCGAAAAGGUAUUCAAACGCACGAAAGCGAGACAAAAACAAAACUUCUCCGUGUUUCCGAUGAUGCUGAACACUUCCGACGCAACGAGAUUAAAUCGUACCAACCAACGGGACAAACGCCAGCACGAAAAGAGUAUCGGAUUGUGCGCGAUUUGGCAGUUACAUCGCCCCAUCAUCGAAUUAUCCGUAAAUUUAUGCUCGAUAAUACCGCAAGUGACUUGGAUAGUUCAAUUGUUUCAGAGGCUGACGAAACCUUGAACGACUCUUCGGUAAUUAUCAUGGAGUCAACUCCCAUGAAAUUGGAUGAUAAUGUCACUGAACGCAAGGAUUUGAAGGAACUACAUUUGUCGGAAAUCCUGAGUCUGGAUGCAAUUACCGAAGAAAAUAAGGAAAAUCAGACAAUUGUUAAUUAAAAAGUACUCGAAAGUUACAAAAAUUCAAUGUAAGAUGUGCCUCUUGAUAUAAAUUCACAAAAAAAAAUAGGGAAUAAGAUGAUGUGUGAGCACAAAACUUGUCGUUUAUAAGAGAUAUAAGUAUUAUUUUUAAACUUUUUUAACACUUUAUUUGAUAUGAAAUAAACCUAAGGUGUCAUUUUCU